UCUCUCUCUCUCUCUCUAGAGAAAGAAAAGUCAUUUCUGCAAUAAAACAUAAAAAAUGUUCACCGAAGGUCUCGACGAGAGCGCCUUAAAGUGGAUCAAACAGGGUUCAGAAGUAGAAGCUGAGAAUCAGCAGCCGCGAGUGAGAUCGCCACUCGCGGAGAGAACAGCUCCGAAAUCGCCUCUUCUCUUCAACGCAAACGGAAGCUUCACAACUUCCAAUGCUCUGCCUCCGCUGAAAUUCUACUCUGGCUUGCUCGCUGUGCCCCAUAGCUUGGCGACUCGGUCCCUCAAAGACGAUGACGAUGAUGAGGAAUUAGAAGAAGACUAUGAGAGCACUGCUUCUGUUUCCGACAGCACUUAUUCGUACGAAGAAGCUUUGGGGUCCAACGAUUCGAAGCCGAUUGGGCGGUGUUACGAUGAUGGUGAUGAACCGUUUGGAUGCAAAGCUGGCGCGAAUUUGAAGAGAAGCAACGUGUCAUCGGUGUCGAUGAAUCGGGGGUUUUUGAAUGAGGGUUUGAGGAUUGAAGUGCCUGAUAAUUCGAGGAGAUUCACGGAUGGCGAAUUGGGGUUCAGGAAAAGUGCUAGUACUGUUCAUAAAAGUUCAACCCCUUGUGGUGGUGGAGAUCAGCUUCAGAAGAGGAUUCACUUGCGGAAUUUACGUGGUGCAAUUGGUAAUGAAAGAAGUGUGCUAAGAGAUUCAGCAGACUUAGGGACUCCAAGUGCGCCGCCCAUUCUCGAUGUGCCAAGUGAUGGAAGAAGCAAUGAGACUGAAGAUCAACAUCAGGGAGCUCCUGAAGUUUUCACUGAGAAUGAUCAAUCUGAUAAUGGAACAUGCCCUUCAAGGGAAUCAGUGGGUUUUGAUGCUGUGAAAGAAGGUUUAUCAAAUUGGAAAUCACAUUCGGCGGGAACCGCUGAAUUUGGUGCAAGAUUAAAUAAAACCACAACUGGAGAAAGAGAAAUGCAGAUGCCACAUUUGCAGGCGAACCAAUUAGAGCAUUCAUCAUAUUAUAGUACUAGUGGUCAAUAUGCCUGGCAAACAUUGAUUGCAUAUGAUGCUUGUAUACGGUUAUGCCUCCAAGCAUGGGAGAGAGGCUGCGCUGAGGCACCUGAAUUUCUUCACGGUGAAUGCUUGGUUCUACGAAAUGCAUUUGGACUCCACAAUUAUCUGUUGCAACCCCGAGGUGUACAGCCAAAAGAAGAUAGGCCUAGCAUGAGUGCAGAACAAAAAUGUCUUCUAAAAACAAAGCAAGUUGUUGGAAAGAUACGAGUAGAAGUGAGAAAACUUCGUGUAAUAACAAGAAGGAAACUUAAGAGCACAUAUUCGCAGUGGGGUGCUAUCUACAUGCAUGCAGGAGCAGAGUAUGUUAGAAGCAUGGUAAAAACUGGCAUGAAUAGUUUGAAAACAGCCUCUAUGGUUACAUCGCAAGAGCCUCAAUUAUGUUUAUUCCAACUCAGCAGCGCCACAGAAAAUAAUCAAAUGGAACCAACUUCUGCAGUUUGCUUGCGCCCUGGAAGUGGGGAUCACCAUGUGUUUUUUCCUGAGAGUCAAGGAGAUGCUCUUUUGGUGGAAGUCCAAGACACAAAAAGAUCAGUCCUGGGUCGAACUACAAUACCAAUUGCAUCCUUGAAUGAUAAUCCUAGUGAUAGAGUUCGCUGGUGGCCCAUUUACCAUGAUGAUCAAGAAUGUAUUGGGAAGAUACAGCUCUACAUUGGUAGUACUAUUACAACUGAGGAGACAAAUCACGUAAAGAGUGGACCAGUUGCAGAAACUCUUGCCUAUGAUUUAUUGCUGGAGGCUGCUAUGCGGGCACAUAAUUUCCAUUCUCGGAACUUGUGGUUACAUGGAACUUGGAAGUGGUUGUUGACUGAAUUUUCAUACUAUUAUGGAGUUUCCGUUUCAUAUACAAAGUUGAGAUACCUCUCACAUGUCAUGCAUGUAGCGACUCCAACAAAAGACUGCUUAGAUCUUGUGCAUGAAUUACUUGUACCGAUAAUAGAGGCUCGAAGUGAAAAAUCUUUGACAAGGCAGGAGAAAAGCAUACUUUUAGAUUGUGAAACCCAAAUUGAGUCACUACUAGCAAAUGUUUUUGAGAACUACAAAUCAUUGGAUGAAGACUCUCCCACAGGAAUAAGAGACUUUUUUGGGCCAAUUGAAGAAUCUGCAGCACCAGCCUUAGCUCCCGCCGUACAAGUCUACGGACUUCUGCAUGAUAUACUGAGUCCUGAUGCACAGAGUAUGCUGCGAAGCUAUUUGCAGGCAGCAGCAAAAAAGAGGUGCCGAACACACAUGGUGGAGACUGAUGAGUUUGUGUCGAGCAAUUCUGAAGGUUUUAUCAUGGAUUCAAUUACCAUCUCAACAGCAUAUCUAAAGAUGAAGAAUCUCUGUACGACUAUUAGCAAAGAAAUUCAGGCCGACAUUAAGAUACAUAACCAGCACAUACUUCCCAGUUCAAUUGACCUGUCAAACAUCACAGCUGCUGUUUACAGCACCGAGUUGUCCAACCGACUUCGAGUUUUUCUUUCUGCAUGGCCUCCAUCCAGUCCACAGCCACAUGUAAAUGAACUUUUAGUGGCAACUGCUGAUUUUGAGAGGAACCUUGAAUCAUGGAAUAUCAGUCCAGUGCAGGGUGGCAUAGACUCGAGAAAUCAAUUCCAUAAUUACAUAAUGGUCUGGGUACAGGAUAUGCAACUUAGCUUCCUUGAUCAAUGCAAAGCAGAAAAGGUGCCUUGGUCUGGAGUGUCAACAAAUCAUUCUACCUCACCAUUUGCUGAGGAAAUGUAUGAGAAAAUGAGAGAAUGCCUCGUUCAAUACGAAGUUGUAAUCAACCGGUGGCCUCAAUAUUCCUUGGUUCUAGAAAAUGCCGUAGCUGAUGUGGAAAGAGCAAUCAUAAAAGCACUAGAGAGGCAGUACAAUGAUAUUUUGACUCCAUUGAAAGAUAGCAUUCCAAAGAGGCUUAAUAUGCAGGUUCAGAAACUGACAAGGAGACAAUCAGUGACAAUCUACUCCGUUCCAAGUCAACUGGGAACCUUUCUGAACACCAUGAAGAGAAUUCUUGAUGUCCUCCAUUGUAGAGUUGAGGACAUUCUAAAGAAUUGGGCAUCUGUUCUUCCCGUUAUUGGGGAUAAAAAGUCUCUAUUUGGGGAGCAGAUGAAUGCUGUUACUGUACUCCUGAGAACAAGAUACAAAAAUUAUUUGCAGGCAAUAGUUGGGAAGCUCAUAAGCAAUUUGCAAGAUAAUCGAAGCACGCGGCUUAAAAGGAUUCUGGAGGAAACAAAGGAAGAAGAUGGAGAAGCUGAGGUUCGAGAAAGAAUGCAUAUGCUGAGUUUACAGCUUGUUGACUCUAUAUCCAACUUGCAUGGGGUGUUGACAAGUCAAAUAUUUAUUGCAACUUGCCGUGGAUUUUGGGACAGGAUGGGACAAAUUGUAUUAAAAUUUCUCGAGGGGAGGAAGGAAAACCGAGUUUGGUACAACGGAUCUUAUUAUGCACUUGAGAUGUUGGAUGAUACCUUUGCCUCUCAAAUGCAGAGACUGCAAGGCAACGCCCUACAAGAGAAAGAUCUCGAGCUCCCACGUUCAGUUGUAGAAGCUCGGUCCAUCCUUUCUAGAGACACAGCAAAUGCAAUAGAAGGCUCUCAAUAUUUCUAUGUAUAGCAGCAGUGCACACCGCUCCAACUGCCAACUCAACCAACCCUAAGGGCGUGGCUUAGUUUUUCACGGUGGUCUUCAAUGGUCUAGGUCAUUUUGCAGUAUUGUCGUAUAUUUGUAUAGCAGGGGUCAAUUCUUUUGUGUAUUUUAUUUGGUUACAUAUUAUUUUGUUCAUUCUUUCUGUAUU